AUGCCUUCAUUCACUGAAGCAGAACGGAAAGCGCAAAGUCUGCAUUUCGACAAGCCGGUUCCCCGCCCGCCAAAGUCAUCUGCCAAGACCAACGAUAUACGGUCUCGCAACCGUCGCCAAGAAUACCUCGGGAGAAACCCCGAGUAUUUUAACAAUGCUGAACAUGAACUUGCAGACACUCUCCUCUACGAUUCCCUGAUUCGAAGGUUUCAGACACCUCCUGAGAGAGAGGCUGAGGGCAAGACCAAAGGCUACUCGGGCGUCCUGGAAAGCUCUCUGCUCAGGGGUGAAGCUCGUCUUGCCGAUCUCAAGGCAUCAACCGAGGCAGAAUCGGCGCCUGAAUACGUCAGAGAGUUCACUACUAUGGCUGAUCUAUCCAAACCACAGAACAAGGAAGAAGGACUUAAGAGAUGGCAAGAAUUUCUGACAGAACGUUUCGUUCGUGGCCAUGACGAAGAUUUCGACUACAGUCUGGUAGAUCAUAACGACGAAUACGACACCAUGUGGAGACGCGACGCUGAAGAGGCAUGGUUUGACGACGAAGAUCCCAAUUGGGCUAGCGAUGUCGACGAACAAGCCAGCGUCAAGCAGGGCGAGACCGGUGUCCAGGAUUUCUGA